UUUAUAAUUUGCUUGUCGGUUAUUUUUGCUCUGUCUAUUUACAUUAUUUCAAAAAGGCUAUCUUAUAAAAUGCUAAACGUGCAUCAUUAUGAUAGUCACAUAGAUUAGUAAGCUAAAUAAAUACGUAUGCAAAUUGUUACAACAAUUGUUAGAAAUACUAUACCAUGAGUGACAAUAUAAAAGUAGUUGUCAAAGUUAGACCUCUAAUUUCACGUGAAAUAGAGGAAAAACUAUUUCACCAAUGGCGCGUAAAAGAUAAUACUAUUUAUCAAAUCGAUCAAAGUGGAAGAGAUUGUGGAAAUUUAUUCACCUUUGAUAAAAUCUACGAUGAAAGUACAAACACAAGCGAUGUUUACAAUGAUAUUGCUAAGCCUAUCGUUGAAGCUGCCACAGCUGGUUUCAAUGGGACAAUUUUUGCUUAUGGUCAAACUUCCUCCGGCAAGACCUACACCAUGACCGGCACUGACGCUUCGCCUGGCCUUAUACCUUUGUCUGUGAUAAAUCUAUUUGAUAUUAUUAAAAACAUAAGCGAUAGACACUUUUUAAUAAGAGUAUCUUAUGUGGAAAUUUAUAAUGAAACAAUCAUAGACUUACUGAAUACAGAGAAGAAAAUUAUAAAAAUUCAAGACACUUUUCAAGGUGUUAAGGUAGAUGCAACUGUACGGGUGACAACUACACCUGAAGAAGUUUUCCAAUCUAUGAAAGAGGGUCAAGCUAACAGACAGACUGGUGCAACAAACAUGAAUGAAGAAAGUAGUAGAUCACAUUCCAUUUUCCAAAUAACAAUAGAAUCACGGGAGCAUACAGAGGGUGAAGAGGUGGGGUGCCUGAACGUCUCCCAGUUGAACCUAGUGGACCUGGCUGGUUCUGAGCGGUCGGGCCAGACGGGAGCCACUGGUAUCCGGUUCAAGGAGGGCACACAUAUCAACAAAUCCCUCUCCUCUCUCGCUCUUGUUAUAAAACAGCUCUCGGAAGGGCUCAGCAAACAUGUAAACUAUCGGGACAGUAAGCUGACACGAAUCCUACAGAACUCUUUGGGUGGUAACGCAAAGACAAGUAUCAUAUGUGCUGUCACCCCCGCUGCUGUUGAGGAAACCAUCUCUACUCUACAAUUUGCGUAUCGAGCCAAAGCUAUAAAGAAUACUCCUCAAGUCAAUGUGGUCGCAACAAACAAUAAGGUUAUGGAGAGCCUAACCAAAGAACUGUCCACUUUGAAAACACAGCUAGAAAGCAAGAGAAAUGUUGAAGAAGACAACCAGAAGCUGCAGAAGCAGAUAGCGGUGCUGCAGAGGUUCCUAAGUGGGCUGGUGCAGCGCGGCUCGAGGGCGGAGCUGACGCGGCCUGCCCCGCCCCCGCGCCGCGCCACCAUCUCCGCCCCGCCCACGCACGACGACCACGCUCUCAUGCCGCCCCCCGCUCUCAACUUCUGCACUCCCAGUCUCAAAUACAAUCCCACAGUGUUGGGUCGUUCAAUGGAAACGCUAUCGAAGCAGAGCUCGGGAGGGCUGGCCAGCGUGCCCGAGGAGCCGCGCGCCGUCACGCCCUCCUCCUCGCCCUCUAACAUCGUCUCUGAUGAGGUCAUUGAAAUUGACAGCGAUGACGACACACCCGCGGACGUGCAAACCUGUUCACCAUAUCACAAAUGUUUUAAGUCAACAAAAACCCCGCCGUGCAUACUCAGAAAGAACGCACAAGAAGCUGAAAGAAACCUUAGGGAUAUCGUGGAGCUCACGGAACGGGAGAAAAUAUAUAAACCAGAUGUGGUUGAAUUACUGGAAAAACUAGAAAAUAACUCAACUGUAAUAGCUAAGUUAGAAGAAGAGAUUUCUUUACUAACCAGUAUUAAUAAAGAUAAUGAAUUGAAAGUGGAAGAAUUAAAUGAAAAAAUAAGAAAAAAUGAAGCGGAGGUUAGAAGUUUAACUACAGAUAAGCUCCAAUUAGAAGAGCGGUGUAAAGAAUUUGUUACAAAACUCACAGAUUGGGAAGUAACAUAUGAGACCCUGAAGAAAAAGUCAAAGACUAGAGAGGAUGAACUGCUUUCCAGAUUGGAAGAGUAUUCUAAUGUAGCGAAACCCGUCACUAACUGUAAAUCACCAGAAAUCAUCGUACUUAAAGAUAUGACAAAGACCUUAUCAAUAGUCGAAAGUGAUAACAGUGUAAACACUGAAAAUUCAACAUGCGAUAGUACAUCUGAAAAUAUUCAUAGAAUUAUCACAGAUCUUAAAGAACAACUUUCAGUAAGGGAUAAAAAUAUAUCAGAAUUAGAAGCCAAUCUACUUGAACAGAGCCAAAAAGUUUUCACUUUAGAAAGUAAAACAGAAGAACUAGAUGGAUUAUUAGAUUCGUUUAAGGAUAAGUUAGCAAAUUCAGAAAAAGAGAUUUCUCUUCAUAAAACUACAAUAGAAACAUUGAAUAAUAUAGUUGAAAAUCAAAAGGGUAAUCUGGACGCGGCGACUAAAGAUUUACAGUCUUAUAAUGACACGAUUCAAGAAUUGCGGAACAAAUUAUCUGGCAAACAAAAUGUGCGGUAUGCUCUCGAUGACAACGAAAUAGCACAAUUAAUCGCUAUUGAGGAAAAAAGUAUUGCCAAUAAUGAAAAUGUAGCUAAUAUUAUCAAGUCUUUGAACACUGCUCUAGAAAUUAAAAGUAACGAAAUAGAACUACUAAAAUCUAUUAUUCAGAAAAACGAAGAAAAUGAUGAUAAUUCUUCUAAAGAAAAAAUGGAAUCAGAUGCCCAAAUUAAAGAAUUACAGGGAAAAGUAACAAAAUUAACGCAACAGCUACAAGAUUUUCAAAUUGAAAAAGAAGAACUUUUAUUAGGGAAAACAAACUUAUUAAUUUCUAUGGAAGAUCUGAACAACGAAUACGCAAUUUGUGCAGAGAAUAAAAUUGAAUUAGAAAAUAAAAUAAAGAUUUAUGAAACAGACAUAAGAGAUAUAAAGGAAAGAAAUGAAGAAUUACUAAAUAGCUUAAAUGAAAAAGUAGACGCCGUAACAGAAUUAACAGACAAGAACACGGAACUAAUAACUCAGCUUAAAGAAUACACAGACAAAAUUAGUCAUUUACAAAACAACCUGCAACUUAAAGAUGCCGAGAUUGCUUCCAUACGUGACUAUAACAAUGAUAAUAUUAAUAAAAAUCAAACAUUAAUUUUGGAAUUAGAUGAUAUUCUGUCCAUUAUGAAAGGUAAAAAAGACGACGGCCUGAUAAAUAAUUCACGCGAUAUUUAUGAAGUGGUAAAUGAAAAAUUAACAGACCUACGUAAUAAUGUAUCUGCAGUAGUCAAUGAAAGAGACAAUAUUAUAGGGCAACAUACUAUAUUGACUACUACAGUAAUGAGUGCAAGUAAACAAUUUAUAGCGGCAUUAAAAUCAGCUAUUAAAGACCUUGAAACGAUAAAAAUAACGUUGACCGAAUCAAAACCCAAUGAGAAUGGAACACAUGAAGAAGAUCUAGACAUACAGGAAGUAAUGGAAGAUUUAUCAUUUUCAGAAACUCAAUCUUUACUAGAUAAAAUAUAUGGACAUAUAACUCAUAUGAAACAAAAGAUUGAAAGUAUUAAAAUAGAAUCGAAAUCCAGUAUUGAUACUUUUACAAAUUUAUUAGAAACACGAGAUUCAAAUAUAGCUGAACUUGUUAAUCAAUUAAAAGAAUUAAAUGAAGAAUUUGACAAAAAAUCACUGAAACUUAUGUCUAUUGAAGAAGAAUGUAAUACAGCUAAGAAAGAUAGCUACGAAAUAGUUAAUAAUGUCGUCACUACGAUUUUAACAAUGGCUCAAAAGUUAAAUAUUGAGCAUAACAUUCCAUGUCGUAGUGAAUCUGACGAACCGAGAACUUAUUUAAGCGACCACAUUGUGCCUGUCCUAGACAAAGUAGUUGAUCUCUUCUUGAUAAAUAAUACCGAAAAAGACGAAAAUUUAAUCCAUAAUAAUAAAGAGUUUGAACGAUUGACUGAACAAAACGUAAUAUUAAAUAAAGAAAUGCUACAAAUAGAAGAAAGUAGAAAUGAACUAUCAAGAGAUUUACAUGAAGAACGAGAAAAUAAUAAAGGUUUAAUUCAAAAUUUAAGGAAUACAUCAAAUUUACUUAACGAUUUGAAAGAAGAAUUAAAGAUAAAGGUCGACGAAAUCGAUUCCAUGAAAAACAAAAUGAUCGAAUGGAAAGAUAAAUUUACUAAAAUUGAAUUAAUGAGAAAAAAACAAAAUGAAGUCUACGAGGAAAAUAUUAGAUUAAAAGAAAAAUGUCGGAAUUACGAAUUAAUCCAAAAGGAAUUUGAAAUAAAUUCCGACUCUUUCCUUACAGAGAUGAAAGAAAAAUGUGCCAAAGAAACUAUGCAAAGUGAUCGAGAAAAAGAUUCUAAAUCUCCGCUUAGUUUAUUGACUCUUAGCUGCAACAGAAUAAUACAGAUUAUACAGGACCGCGAUGACGCCUCGCAGACUGAAACAUCAGUCAGUUCUAAUUCAAAUCUAGACGAAAAGAGUUCAGAAUCUUCGUUUACUUGCUAUCAGUGCAAUAAACUAAAAACCGAUUUAGAGUCUGCACAUAAUAAAAAUCAUAUCCUAAUAAAUCUCGUGGAAGAAUCAAAAUCGAUGAACGAAAACUUAAUGCAGGAAAUAAAGAAUGCAUCUGUGGAAAUAAAGUCUCUUGUGGAUUAUACAAAUGAUUUACAUAAACGAAUACUUAGUCAUAAAACAAAUCUGUCCACUUUAACCGCAACAACUUAUGCUGAGAACAAGUCUUUAAGUUCCCAAGUGAAAUCUUUACAACACCAUCACACGCGAUUUCAUACUGUCUGCCAGAGAGAUCUGCCAGAAUUAAAAGAGCAGUUGCACGAACUUAUGAAGUUACUUAGAGAAGAAAAUUUAGAAGGGAAAUUGAAUGCUAGCUUUAAAAGAUUCUCUUUGCCUAGUCACUUAGAAAAUAGUUCGAUACUGUACAGUUUUAAAAAUGAAUCUACAUUAGAUGGUGAUCUUUUAAUGUUGGAUACAAAUGUGACGUUAGUAAACUCAGUCGAUAAUACUCUCACAGGUCAUGACCAAACUUGUUUCGAGGCAGCUGAGGCUUGUGUAUACAAUGAUACAGCUUGUCAGACCACCGCCUGCUAUCUACAUGAAUCGUAUGAAAUUUGCAAUAGUAACCUUGGAAUGAUUCAAUCAUUAAAAUUAGAAAAUCAAAAACUCAGCGAUAUGGUUCAAAAAUUAAAGGAAACAAAUAUAACCAAAGUUGACGUUGAAACUAGUCCUAUUAAAGAUUUAUCUUUUGAAAGCAAACCUAAAAUUAACUUAAUAUGUCAAGAUUGUAAACACCAUGAAGAAAAAUAUGAACAAUUAAUUGAAGAAAUUGAAGAAUGUAAACUGAAAUUUACUAAUUUGUCCGCGCAGAAAGAUGAUAUUGAGAAAAAAUAUAAUUUAGAAAUUCAAUCCACUGAAGGUUUGAUGAGAAAAUUAAACAAUUUUGAAAAAGAACUUGCUAACAAAAACAAGAAUAUAGAAAAACUUACAACAUCAUUAAAAGAUACAAAAGAAAGACUCGAUAGCGUUCAAGAAGAAAACGAAAACUUAUCAACAGAAAUUAUAGAAUCACUCAGUACAGUCGAUAGUCUUAAAAUGGAACUUGAUUCUAUUAAAAAGAAUAUUUCAAGCAAAGACACAAUUACGCCUGUGGACAAUGUCGAAAAUGUGGAAAAAGUAGAUAAGGAAUGUCCAGAGUGUCUUAAUAAACAGGAAAUUAUUAAAAUUCUUCAAAACAAAAACUCAAAUACACACACACGUUUGAACAGAAGUUACAGUGACUCCGAUAGCUCGUCAAGAUACAAUAAAAUAUGUACAUUACAAAACGAAAUAGUUGCGGGCCGAGAAGAUUGUAACGAAUUGAAAGAAGAAGUAACUACUAUUAAAAACCAUUUAGAGAUAGGUAAUUUAUCAAUGGGCGAGGCUAUGGAUUUGGAUGAAAGUAUUAGCGAUGUAAACGUUAUAGAAUUAAAUAGAUCAUAUAUGCCAGAAAUAUCUGAAGAGCAAGCUUCAGAUAUUUAUAGCCUUGACAAGACGGAUUGUUACAAUUAUUACAUUGAAUUAAUCGGUGAAGGGAGAACGAAUCUUAAUAAGGACGUAAAAAUUAUUGAUAUCAUGAAAAUGUUGUAUUCAAAAUUGAUGACAAUUCACGACAAUCGAAUUGAUAAUUUGGCUAAUAAAUUAAGAGAUUACGAAUCUUUAAAACAUGAAUUGCAAGAUAAAAUAAGUAAUUUAAGCAAAGCAUUAGACGAAAGUAACAGAAACACACAAAAGAUUGAAGGCAAAUUUUCAGUACUAACAGAUAAUAUUAAUAAAUUGAACAAAGCAAUUAGAUCAGUUAAAGGCAAUGAUGCAAAUGCAAUCGAAUUAUUCAAAACGCAGAUUCUAAUGGUACUUGACACUGAAUUCUCUACUAAUACUCUUCCUAUUUUCGAGACUAUUUAUAAUAAUAAUUUAAGCAUUUUAAAAAGUACUAUGGAAGAAUGUGUAAAACUACAAGAAAAUUCUCAAAAACUGGAUAACGAACUUAAAACAUCUAAAAAUGAUUUAAUAAAAUUAAAAGAUCAACUAACUGCCAAAGAAAAUGAAUACAACAUACUAUUAGCUGAAAAAGAAAAAAUCAAUGAAGUUAGUAAUGCUUUAACAAAGGAUUUACAUAAAAAGGAAAAAGAUUUUAUAAUAGCGAUAUCUGAAGGUUAUCAAAAGCUUGUUGAAAAGAAUAUACUAGAAGAAAACUAUUUUGAUGCAGCAAUUCCUACAGUUAAAAAUGUACAUAAUUUAUUCGAAAAAUUAGCUAAUCAAAGUAAAGAAAAACCCUUGAAGGGUGAUGCAAAUCAAAUAGAAUGUCUUAAACAGGAGAUUGAAAUUUCCAAACAUAUAAUAGAACAGAGAAAUAAAGAAAUAAAAAUUCAAACAGAGCUAAUAGAAAAAAUACAAAUACAAAAUGAAAAAAUCGAAAAAGAACUUAAAGAAAACGAAGUUAAAAUUCGGACACAAAAAUCACUUUUUGAUGAUAUAAAUAAAAUUUAUAACAAAAAAGUUGAAGAGUAUGAUAUACAAGUUUCGUUAGUUCAUAAAUUAACAGAGGAAGUUGACGUAUUAAAAGAAUUUGUUUCAAAUAAAGAGAAAAUAAUUCAAGACCUACAAAGCAAGCUUAAUAACUUAGAAACAGAAUGUAAUAAUCUUAAGACUAUAAAUCAAAUGUUAACAAAUGAAAAGGAAUCAAUGGUGGCUAGGUUAGGAAAAGCCGAGUUGGAAAUAGAAAAUAAUAAAAUAGAUUUUACAAAAAUGGUUUCAGAAACCAAUACUCUUAAAGAAUCCCUCACAGAAAACGUUCGUAAUGUGGAUAGUCUUAAAAAUGAGGCGAAAUCUUUAAUGGAACAAAAUGUACGAUUGAAACAAGAAUUUGAACAAAAAUGCAAAGACCUGACGCGACUGGAGUUUAAUAUCAAAACGCACGAGACUACGGCCAAGAUACAAACUAAUAUGAUAUCAAGGUUACAGAAACAAAAAGAAGAGGACAUGCACAAAAUAGCAGAGAAAGAGAAGCAACUGCAAGAGUUGAGUGAGAGAUUAGGCUCGCUACAGAAGGAGUGUCUCGGAAUGAAAGAUUGUAUUGAGUCAUUGAGACACGAGAAAGACGCGUUAACACAUUUGAAGCUAAGUCUUGAGGAGAAAAUAUGUCAAUUGAAGAAGGAUCUAGAGAGCGGUCCCAAGGCUCGCCUGUCCAUCGAGAGUGUGGUUGAGACGGCCCGCAGGCGACGUCAGAGCAUACAGGACUCUAACAGGACAUUUGGCGACAAACAUUACGAUCAAUACAAGUCAGAGACGAUGUUAGAAGAACGGUGCAAGGGCGACGACAUGCUGAUGGACGUGGACGAGUGCAGCUCCAGUCGCAGCACACCGCAACGACACAGUAAAGGACGCGACAGCUUGCAGAGAGAAGAGAGCGAGGAAGAACGCGAUGGUCGCCGGUCAGCGGGCGGCGUGCGCGCGGCACGUCAGCGGCGGCAGAGCUCACACGACCUGCAUCGCCUCGCGCUGCACAACACUCCUUCACCUCACGAGUCACGCAACAGAUCGAGGAAUGAACAUGAUCUUUCAAAUGAUAGUAAUACGAACAGCAGAAUGUCAGAGCUACAAGAUCGGCUGACUUCGUGCCAGCAAGAGUUGGAAGAGCUGAAGGAGAGGUACAGGGAGCUGGACGAGGAGUGCGAGACGUGCGCGGAAUAUCUGCGGGAGAGGGACGACCAGUGUCGCAAGCUCAAGAAAGAGAAAGCCAGUCUUGAAAACAUUAUAACGGAGUUAAAUGAGAAAUUACAACGCGGACAUGACUCGAGCCGAGGCGGCGCGAAGGUUAGCUACGCGCACGUCGCGGUCAACACGGACGAAGAUUGGGCAAAUCUACAUUCAGUGGUAGUAGAUCGAAUGUCAUUCGAUGCUGAAGUAGAAAAGAAUAAGAGAUUAACAAAAAUCAUAGAAGAUUUACGUGUAAACAAGCAAGAAUUAAAAGCGGUCAUAGCAAAAAUGCAGCGAGCACUUGAAGAGAAGACAGGCAAGGAUGGUAGAGAGUUAGAGAGAACAAGAAUAGAGUUACGGUCCUGUAAAGAAGAGUUGGAAGAACUAAGGAGAAGGAAUAUAGAACUCGACGAGGAGUGUGAGACUUGUGCGCAGUAUUUGAAGGAAAAAGAAGAACAGUGUAGAAGUUUAAAGGAGUCUAUUGCAGCUUUAGAGGGCAAGUUGUCUGAGCAGCAAGCGGGCGGACGAAGCGCGGCGACCAGCGUGCGCCGGCGCCGACAGUCCUUGCACGACCACAACCGCGACACCAGCUGCUGCGACGCUACCACACAAAUCACAGAAGAUUUCCUCAGUUACCAAGUGGAGCGCGACCGGACGAAGCCGGUCCCUGAUGACAUGCAUACCAAACAGAUCAAGCGGCUCAAAAUGGCGGUGGAGAAGCUGUCUAAAGAGAAAACCGCAUUGGAACAGCAGCUGGUGUCUUCCGCGACAGCCCCCGUAUACGUCGCAACGGGCAGCGCUAUCGUGCAGGACCAGCAAUUUACCGAUGUCAUGAAGGAGAACCAGAAACUGAAGAAAACGAACGCUGCCCUCAUAGCACUCUGCAAAAAGAGGGAGAAGAAAACAACAAUCAAAGUCAAUAGGGAGAACCAGGACCCCAUGGAAGAGAUCUGAACAUACAUAUUAUAACUAAAAUAUACUCAAUUUUUUACAUUAAUUUUCCUAUUUUACUAAAGUUAGAAGCUGGACUUUAUUUUUCUAUAACAAUUUUUAUUUUAAUGUUUUUUUAAUUCACUUUGUCACUCAAUAAUUUUAAACAUUUGGCACAAAAUAAUUAGAAUUAUCUUGAAUUAUUAAGACUGAUAAUGAUUCUUAAUAAACAUUCCGCAAGUUUGUUUAGUUUUGUGAAAGUUGUGAGAAUAUGUUGGUGCCAUUGGAAAUGAUUAUUCUUUCAAGUAUUAUUAAGUACAAAUUUGUUUUUCGUACUUAAAAUGAUUGUGUUAUGCAUUUUAUCGACCAAUUAAUCAAUCAGUAUGACAAUUAAACGUAACAACAUUAAAAUAUUUCUUAAUAUAAAAUUAUAAUAUAUACGUUAAUGUAAAUUAAAUACUUGAUAUUAUUUGUGAUUAAGAUGUGAUUGAUUUAUGACGUAC